AUGACACCCACCACCAGGCAGCUCAAAAAGGCUGCCCGUAUCAUCCUUGUCGGAGCCCCAGGCGUCGGAAAGGGAACGCAGACGGAGAGACUUCUCGCCAGGUUUCCCGAGCUGGCUUCGAUUAGCUCCGGAGAUCUUUUGCGUGAAAAUGUUCGAAACAAAACACCCUUGGGUCUCAAGGCAGAAGCUACGAUGCAAUCCGGAAAUCUUGUCCCCGAUUCGAUGAUCCUUGACCUUAUCUCUUCCGAGUUCAGAUCAAAGGGCUGGACGACUGCCUCGUCGCCGUCCUCGAUAUCCUCCUCGGCCUCUUUUAUUCUCGACGGCUUCCCUCGCACCGCUACCCAGGCGACGAGCCUUGACUCCCUUGUCCCCGUGAACUUUGUCGUCCAGCUCGUCACGCCACCAUCGGUCAUUCUCUCGCGGAUAGCGUCUCGCUGGAUCCACGAGCCAUCUGGCCGAGUAUAUAACAUUGGGUUCAAUACACCCAAGGUGGCUGGCAAGGACGAUAUCACCGGAGAGAAACUGACACAGAGAGAAGACGACUCGGUAGAGACAUGGACUCAACGCCUUCGCAAGUUCGAAGAGACCAGCAAGGCUUUGCUCGAUCAUUACCAGCGCAAGGGCUGUCUAUGGCGCGUUGAGGGCGACACCAGCGAUGAAAUCAGUCCGAAGCUGUUCGCGGAGAUCGAGCGAAAGUUCUGCUAG